UUAUGUUUACAAUUUUUAAUGAUGUACCAAAAAAAGUGUUAUUUUUAGAUCAAUUUUGAAUUAUUUUUUUGGUCUUUAAAAAAUGUUUUCUUGUUCAUUUCAUCAUAUGAUAAAAACAGAAAAAAUUGUUGAUAAUUUUUUGGAUGCUCAUUUGAGUAAGCAAUUUUAUGGCAAGAGGCUAACAACUCCACAAUUGAUCUACUCCGUACGGUAUAUCGCAGAAUUAGUGUGUACAGCCGUACAGGGUAUCCAACAGAGUACCCGUUCCAUAAAAUUGAGAACCGGAAUCGGAACCUGUUUCUACAGUUUUCCAAAUUUGUUAGCCGGAACUGCAACGGAACCUACACAACAAGUCCCGAUUCCAAUUAAGGGUACCCGACAUUUUGCUCACCCCUAUUACGCUAUAAAUGUACCUCAUUUAUUAAGAAAGAAGGAUCAUCAAAUCACCCCGGAGGGAAGCUUAACAUUCAUACCUCUGCAUAAUCUUACCAGCAUACGCGAUACAAGAUUAAGAAAUGGAGAUAAUGAUACUGAUACAACAAUCAGGGUUGAAUAACAGAUACAUCUGUAAAUGUCUGUAUGAUAACUGGUAGUUAUAAUUUGGAUAAAAUGAUAGGUACAAUCGUACCAAAUAACAUAACCCGUGCUAAAAACACUAGCAACCACCAAAAUGGUGCACAUUUUGUUCAAAGAAUGACAGUAUAAGAAUUAAGAAAUGGA